AUGGUUGUCUACCGCAUCCGCGUGCCCACUGGGACCUCGCUCUGCGCGGGCUCCAAUAAUCAGGUGCAGCUGUGGCUGGUGGGCCAGCAUGGGGAGGCGGCAGUUGGGACGCGCCUGCGGCCCACGCGGGGCAAGGAGCCCGGGAACAGCGGGGACGAAUUCAGGUUCCCUUGUUACCAUUGGGUGGAGGGCGACGGCGUCCUGAGCCUGCCUGAGGGCACUGGCCGCACAGUGGUGGACGACCCUCAAGGCCUGUUCAAGAAACACAGGGAGGAGGAGCUGGAAAAGAGAGGGAAGCUGUACCGAUGGGGUAACUGGAAGGAAGGGCUCAUCCUGAAUGUGGCUGGGAACAAACUAUGUGACCUCCCUGCAGAUGAGAGGUUCCUGGAGGACAAGAGAAUUGACUUUGAAACUUCACCAGCCAAGGGGCUGGCAGACCUAGCUGUCAAAGACUGUUUAAAUGUUCUGACUUGCUGGAAAGAUCUGGACGACUUCAACCAGAUUUUCUGGUCUGGCCAGAGCAUGCUGGCUGAAUGGGUGCGGGAUUCCUGGAAGGAGGAUGCUUUAUUUGGGUACCAGUUUCUCAAUGGCACCAACCGCAUGCUGCUCAGUGCUCCUUCAUCUUCUGGUCGUCUGGUGCUUCCUCCAGGGAUGGAGGAGCUGCAGGCGCAGCUGGAGAAGGAGCUCCAGGGAGGCACCCUGUUUGAAGCUGACUUCUUCCUGCUGGAUGCAAUCUAGGCCAACGUCAUCCUGUGUAGUCAGCAACACCUGGCAGCCCCUCUGGUCAUGCUGAAGCUGCAGCCUGAUGGGAAACUCUUGUCCAUGGUCAUCCAGGUGAGGGACCCAGGACUCCUGCUCCCCAGAGCUUGGCCCUCUCAGCUCAGCCCCUCAUCCACAAACCCACUUUGUGCAAGGGCAUUGUGCUCCAGCACUGGGGGAGGCAUGAAAAGACGAAAUAGACAAAAUCUGGUGGCCAGGAGAGGUCCCUCGGAAGAGCUUAUCAUUCCCCACCUGUGAUAUACCAUCAUCAGGGUCAGGACUGGGCUGGGCUCUGACAUGGGAGUUUUCGACCAGGUGGUGAGCACAGGUGGAGGAGGCCAUGUGGAGCUGCUCAAGCGAGCUGGAGCCUUUCUAACCUAUAGCUCAUUUUGUCCCCUUGAUGACCUGGCUGACCGGGGCCUCCUGGGAGUCAAGUCUUGCUACUAUGCCCAAGAUGCACUGUGGCUCUGGGAAAUCAUCUCUAGGUAUGUGGAAGGCAUUGUGAAUCUCCACUAUAAGACAGGUGUGGCUGUGAAAGAUGACCUUGAGCUGCAGAGCUGGUGUCAAGAGAUCACUGAAAUUGGACUGCAAGGGGCCCAGGACAGAGGCUUUUCCGUCUCCUUACAGUCCCGGGACCAGCUUUGCCACUUUGUCACUAUGCGCAUCUUUACCUGCACUGGCCAGCACUCCUCCAUCCAUCUGGGCCAGCUGGAUUGGUACUGCUGGAUCCCUAAUGGCCCAUGCACCAUGCGGAAGCCCCUGUCCAUCUCCAAGGAUGUGACAGAGAAGGACAUAGUGGACUCACUGCUCACUCUCCAGCAGGCCCGUAUGCAGAAUACUUUCACCAAGUUCCUUGGCUGAUGCCAGCCUGUCAUGGUGGCCUCGGGGCAGCACAAGGAAGAAUAAUAUUUCUCAGGCCUUGAGCCCUAAGCUGUGCUGAAGCAAUUCCAGGAGGAGUUGGUUGCCAUGGACCAGGAGAUUGAGGUCCAGAAUGCCAGCCUGGACCUGCCCUAUAAGUACGUUCGGCCCAGCAUGGUGGAGAACACUGUGACCAUCUGA